AUGUCGCUGACGCGCUCGCGCCCCUCCUCGAAUCGUCAUCGUCAUCGUCAUCGUCAUCGUCAUCGCGCCAGGUGGGUCCAAGGCUCGGAGAAGAGCAAGUGCGACGUGUACAAGUGGGUCGUCGCGACGGACGCGGAGACGGGCGCGGAGGUGGUCUCGGCGCCGAGCGCGCGCGCGAGGACGUUCGUCCCGACGGAGCCGACGCCGGCGCAGCUCAAGGCGCACCAGGCGGCGAUGGCGCCCUCCGCGGCGGUCGCGGGGGGGGGCGUCGCGGCGUCGCCCGCGGCGCCAGCGGCGAAGAAGCGGCGGCGAUAG